CGAGCCCCAACAUGGCCCUCGUCGCUUAUCCAGACUCUGCCUCGGACGACGAGGGGACGGAGCAUGAUAAGACCCUCGUCCACCCUGUUCAGCCUGCACACCCGCCCACCAAGCCUGCUGCUGCUGCCGCUGCAAAGCCCAAGCCCAACCCCAGCAAUGCUCUGCCACCGCUCCCGCCAGCUUUCCAUGACCUCUAUGCGGUAAACGCCCGCGUCAGCACUAGCGACAAUCCAGACCUCCAUGGCGGACGUCGACGUGCUGUGCCACAUAUCCAGGGCAAUUGGCCCAGUCAUGUCUAUCUAGAGUGGAUACCAACACAGCGUGAAUCCAUUGCUCUGCUCAACUUGAUACAGCACGUGAAGACUGUAUUCGAACUUGAAAACACCAAGCGUGUAAAGAAGCUACCAGUACCAGAAGACAUUACGCCUUCGCUUCAAUCAGACCUAGGCGUGCCGUUGCCUCUGCAUGUAUCAUUGUCGCGUACGCUGCAAAUCAAGACCGAGGACAGAGAAACAUUUCUCGACACUCUCGGUGCUUCUUUGCGACGAUGCGCAGUACCUGCAUUCAAUUUCGAGUUUCAAGGCCUGAAAUGGGUGCCCAACUUUGAGCGCAACCGCUGGUUCUUAGUACUUGCCAUCAAAAGACCAGAGAACGACGAGCUAAACACCCUACUCCAUGCAUGUAACCAAGCUGCUAAGAAUACCGGACAUCCAGCCUUGUACACCAGCGGCGCGGGAGACGGUCCGAUGGAAGACGUCGACCACAACCAUAGGCCAAAGAGAAGGAAGGUCGAUAAGAAUGACCCCCAGACGCAUGAUUAUUCACCAUAUUUCCACGUCAGCAUAGCCUGGAACUUGACUGAGCCCGACGCUGAAUGGACGGCUCUGAUUGAAAGAAUUGACGCCACCGAGUACAUUCAAACACCAGGUGCUAUGCUUGACGCGGUAAAAGUAAGGAUUGGCAACGCAGUCCACAACAUCCCGUUGGCCGCCAAAAGACCUGGUUUAGGAAAAAGUGGACGAGCGGGCUUAGGCUUGGGCUGACUGGAUUUAUUGAUCAAGGGUCCGAUGACGUGGAUGUCGACACUCAAGAGUCCAGACUUGUUGGGGAUUUUUCCAAGAAUUGUGGGGCCCUAGAAGAGCACGACCCAACACCACGACGUAAUUCGAACUGUCGCAGGUCGGGUAGCAAGUCGCUUACCGUCCAUCUUCCUUAACACUUCAGGGUGCUUUGAGCAUGCAAUAGUGUCUGCUGCUGCGCGAUUGUUAUGUGUUUUAUUUCAAGACCCCCAGCGUUAAUUGAAUUUAGUGACAAUAAAAGCGUACAUCGUUAUAUUAAUUUACCCAAUUAUAGC